AUGCCUAAACCGACGUUCCUACAGAGCGUCCUCGGGCGGCCCUCUCGCUCGUACGCCCAGCACGCGCCGCCGUCGCCGUGGGACGAGUCCCCGACGCGCACUUCCUCGUACUCGUCCGCCAUCCCUCGCGGCUACGCCGACCAGUAUGCACAUCAACAUGACACCGACCCAGGCCCUAGUCGGCGGGCACGGCGUUCCCAGUUGGAUGCCUACCAGGACGAGUACCAUGGGAGCAACCUGGCUCCCCGGCCAUUGCCGCCUCCCAGCCGCGAAUUGGUCUACAGCGAUGUCAGUCACCCACAGUACAGCGAUAGCCUUGGCCAGGAGCGUACACCGCGACGUCUCUUGUCCGACAGCGCGCUGUAUGACGAUGCGACAGUGACAACGUCUUUACCACCGCCCCGCGUCGUGCACAUUGUUCCUCCACAACCACCGCCCGAACAUGACGACGACGAUGAAGGCGAAAUCUCGGACACGCCACCCAGUGUCUCGAGUACAUUGUCCUCGUCCGUCUCCGCGCCCAAGUCUGUGUCGUUCAAGGGUGUGCCAGACUCUCCCAAAAAUGACAGACGCGUGCUCCCUGCUCCAACAGCCGAUGCCAGCAACGCACAUGACGUCCAUGUGCCUGCCUACCCGCCUCCGGCAAUAGCGGUUCGCCAAUUUGAGCCGGUAGUCGAGGACGACGACGAGCGUGUGGAAGACGCCGAUUCCGACUCGGAUACCCCCUUCUACACGCCUCGACAGUCACUCGAUGUUAUUGACGAACACAGCGACGAGGACGAGACGGACCAAGAGGAGACACCCGCAGCUCAAAUAUCUAGCCUGCCUGUUGUCCCCGUGUUGCAGCUCCAGCCGCCCACACCGGCGCCAUACGCCGACCCGUCCGAGACUCCCUUCCACGCGCUGCAACAUCAUCGGGAUUCGGACGAAAUGUUGUCUCCAGACACCGACAUUCGACCACGGGCAGUCCGUCAACCGGACUCCAAGCCGACACCUGCGCAGCCUGCGGCCGAGCCAAAAUCGCGUCCGAGGCCAAAGCGAGCAACACCUGUGGACGACCUCCCACCACCAUUACCGCCCAAGUCGUCACCGGACCGCAAGGGCCGUGUGCGACAUGCACAAAUGACUGUCCUCAACGACUCGCCCAUCAAGCUAACUCGGUCCAAGAGUGUGACUGGCACGAACCUCACACGGUCCAAAUCGACCAGGAGCGUGACGACUGCGUCUGACGGCGGCCUCACACGCUCAAAGUCAAGCAAGAGCGUAAAGUCGUUGAAGACAAAGUCGGUUACUUCUGCCUCGUCCGUGUACAGCGAUGAGCCCAACGUCGUCCCACGAAGGGCCAUGUCGGACAUUGGUGGACGCAGCAGCGCACGACCUCUCUCGCGUGCGUCAACAACGCGGUCAUCACGUACCAUGUCGACCACACCUGCCCCUGUCGCCGAGCCGGAGAGGAGCUUCUCGCCGUCCUCGUCCCGUUCGACCUCCGAGGCGUCGUUUACUGCGCGUUCGGCAGACGGCGGUGUGCGUACCGCCGGUUAUGGCAAGGGUGGAUGGGCGGCCGCGUCUGCCGCUCCAUUGGUCAUGUAUAUGCCCUCUGGCGGCGACGGGUGGGCGGCUUUCCAACCCCUACCUCCUCGGUCGCGAUACAGCACCCUCCCCGGUACACAUCCAGGUUUCGAACGCGGCAGCGACUCUCGUGGCAACUCGAUGGACGCAUCUGGCAGCUUGAAUCCCAGUGCGAGCGCGAGUGCGAGUGGCGACGGUCGGUACACCUCUUUUGCUGGUUCGCUGGCCUCGGCUGGCAGGCAGAGUCCCACGGCCUCGAGUUCAAGCGCGAGGUACCGUCCCCGUGACCACCGCACGUCCGUUGCCAGCUCGCUCCGCAUUGGUAUAACCCCGCCCGACACGCCGCCGAUAGUCAGCCCCGUGUCAACCCCCGCCAAUGCGAGCGAUGACGAGUGGGAGGGCCCGGCACCCAGUCGGUCGUAUGCCAGGCCUGGAUCUGUCUCUGGCACCCAGACCCCGCCGACGCGCUUGUCCACCGACACUCGCGGUUCCAACGGGACGCCACGCCACUCGAACGACUUGGGCCGCGGAUCGCUGCAGUACGACUAUGCCUCUGAAGCUGGUCACAGUUCGUCGGGCCCUGGUAGCCGUAACCCCAGUCCUGUCAAGUAUGAUGGAUCUGGACGCGAACAUCGCUGGGUAUCGGCCGAGUAUGAUCCUUAUGUCGCACAGGACCUUGCUGGGAACCAGUCGGUACGUAACGCGCGCAUGUCAAUGCCGCUGCAACCACCACCACCAGCAGCCAUGAGCGUCGCAGGAUCCAACUACUCGGGUCGCUCGGCGCGCCACUCAGUCUACUCUUCUGCCCCCUCCGCUGUCCCAUGGUCCAUCUCCCCUCCGCCAUCCGACAGCUCUUACCAGCCGACCACUCCUCGCCUCCCUGUUGUCCCGCGCGAGCUCCUACUCGACCCCGUUCUGGAAGGUGCGCUGAGGCCCAUGUCCCCCACGUCAUCAGUGUCCCCAUACGACGCGGCCCUGCGCGCCCACCAGGCGCGUGUAGGCCUCGACCGCCCGUCAUCGCUCAACCCGGACAUGUUGACGUUCCUGCCGACCAUGACGGAACAAGACUCGAACCGCCUCUACACCGUCAGCGAGGCGGGCGCCCCGCGCAGGAGCAAGAGCGUGAAGAGCAUGGUGCGGUACGCCAUGUCGGACGGUGGGCGUGAGCGCGAGCCCCGCGACACCCGCCCGGCUUCACGCAUGUCGUUGUCGCGUUCGGCUUCUCGUGUUUCCCAUGUCUCGGAAGCCUCCGACGCGCGCACCAUCCGCCGCGCGACGUCGACGGGUCGUAUCCAGCUCGAUUCCAAGUUUGACACCAACAUCGGUGUCGCACCGCCCAUGGAGAGCCAUGGCCGCGACCAACAGUUUGGUGGGUACACCAACCUCGUCCUGCCGACUGGUGGCGGCUACAAACCGUCACCAAACCCCCUCGGCGAAUUGUCCAAGCUCAACUCGCGCGCACUCGGCAUGCCCCACGGGUCCAUGGCUGCCAUCAUGUUCAACGCGAUUGCCCCUUGGAAAAAACGACCCGGCACCGACACCCGCCCACCUCCCUCGCAGGUCAUGGUCCAGGUGUACGCCGUUGCCGUUGACCAGCUCGACAUUGACUGCCUGGAACACUUGAAAAAAUCCAAUGUCGGCAAGUAUAUUCCCGGCCGGUCCUUUGUGGGUCGUUGCCUAGCUGUCGGGGACAGCGAAAGGGAUAUAGCCCGCGGCGACAUUGUUGUCGGUCUCCAGGACAUCCGCAAGUCUGGUGCUUUGUGCGAGUACCUCCUCGUCGAGCGGCGGCGCGUCGCGCGUAUCCCGCCGUCCACGACUAUGAGCCUCGAGCAACUCGCCGCACUCCCUUUGCAGGGCGUGGCCUGCGUCCGCGCCCUCCGCGGCGUUGUCACUCGCAACACGCGCGCCCUCGUUAUGGACGCCCACAUGGGCAUUCCUGCUCUCAUGUGUCAGGAAAUGGCCCGGCUGGGCGUCAGUGUCAUGGCGGUCAUCUCGGGUGGGGAUGACCACGCCGCAUCCCAGCACGCAUGCAUGGCGCACGGCGCCAAGGGUGUCCUGACCGGCUCGCCCGCGGCCGUGCUUCUUGGGCUGGAACCGGCCCAGUUUGACAUCAUCGUCGAUACCCGCGGCGGUCCCAAGGUGGUCGAGGCAGCCAAGCGCGCGCUCGUGGACGGCGGCCGCGUCAUCUCCCUCGUGCCGCCAGACCCGGCGGGGACCAAGCCCGAGGACUCGCCGCCGAAACGUAGCAAGAGCCUCAAGAACCUGCGCGCGUCGUUUGUCGGCGGGCGCAAGCACCAGAACGGCCGCGACGUCGUGUUCGAGUACAUCCACGCUGCGGGCGCGGGCGAGCCCGAGGUCGACGCUUCGGGUCUGGACUGUCGCGACGUGCUCGAAGAGCCGCUCAUGGGGAUGCUCAGGCCCGUGGUGGACGGCCAGGUUGUGCCGUUUGAACGCGGGGUCAAGGUGUUCGAGACCAUGAGCAGGUUGGAGGGCCUGGCUGGUGGUGUGCGUGUGGUGCGGCUUGUCAACUAG